GUGAAAAAUUAUGGAAAAUAUCUAUUAACAAAUAAAUAGGUCAACUUAAUUGUUGUUGAAACGGUUCAUAUAAAAACUAAAACAGAAAUAAAUAUAUGAAAUCGAUGUUAAAUAUCAUUCUGAAAAAUAAAUUCAGAACACGUGAUAAUGCAUUUUAAGUUUUCAGUUUACCUGAUUUUACCCUUUAUCAGAUUGAUGCCAAACAGAACGAUUUUAAGUCACUAUAUAUGUACCCAUUGCCAACAAAGCAAUAGAAGCAAAAGAAAGGUCAGGUAAUUUGGCCAGUAAGCGACAUUUUGGAAACAAUAACAGGACAAUUGAAAUAAAAAUCUUUUAAGAAAUAAAAAUAAAAGUAUUUCUGGGACAUGAUGAGCCUUUAAGUCCAGGAAAAUAAAGAACAGUAAUGAUAUACCUAAGCAUUACUAGUAUAUCUAGUAUAUACUAGAUAUGUAUGUCACCACUUAAAAUGGAUCGCUUUUCUAUGAUGUUAUGGACUACUUUGGUCGCCUGUGUUAUAUUGCACAUUCCUACAAUACAAUGUGGCGGGGCAGUGGAGGUUUAUCUAAACUCGUUUAAAAAUGCGGGUGGAAAGGUUGCUGAUAAUGAUGGUUGUUGCGAUGCGUUAUUUAGUUUAAAUUUCUUGUGCGCUGGCGCUUGUGAUUAUGUAUUUAUAGUGUGCCUGGAUGACCGCAAUGGACCAUCUAGCACGUCAUCAUGUGAGUAUGGCUCUAUUCAGACAGGGGAAAUUGCAGAUACCAACACGAUCAACACGUUCAAUAGUAGUAUCGGUGGGACUGACAACCCAAUGGUAUUUUCAUUCUCAAAAUGGCCGGGAUCAAUGAAACUGAAGGUUCGGGUAGAAGACUUUGAUUUUCUGAAAACAAACGACUUUAUAAGUUUCCACCAGACAUUCAUAGAGCAAACACCGUCAAGGUCUAGAUCAACCGCUGGAGAAAAAAAUGUUACAUUAAAUAAUCGAACGAGUUUAUCUCUGACAUUCAAAGUAUAUUGUGACCUAGCGUAUUAUGGCGAUUGUUCGGUAUUCUGUCAACCAAAAGACGAUUACAGAGGACACUAUACAUGUCACAAUAAGACCGGAGAGAAAUUGUGUACAGCAGGUUGGACCGGUCAAGAUUGUGACAGCAGUGUUGAUGACUGUAUAGAUAACGGAUGUCGGAAUGGUGGUACUUGUAUUGAUGGGCACAUGUCAUACACGUGUAGAUGUCCAGAACGAUACACAGGGUCCCGAUGCGGACAAGAUUUACAGGCAUGUUCAGUUUCCCCCUGCAAAAACAAUGGCAUAUGUACUAAUUUCACUAGCAGUAUCAGUUGCACGUGCCCAGUGCAAUGGACAGGACUACAUUGCACUGAAGAAGUUGAUUUUUGUGAAAAAAAUCUUUGUCAAAAUUCAGCAUGUGUUGCUCUGGAAACAACUUAUUCUUGUUCAUGUAACAGUGGUUGGACAGGACAAUACUGCGACGUUGAUAUUGAUGAAUGUCAGAAUAACCCGUGCAACAAUAAUGCCACGUGUGUUGAUAAUGCUGGUAGCUUUACUUGCAUGUGCAUAGAAGGAUUCCAUGGACGUUUUUGCGAGACAAACAAGGAUGAGUGCUCCAGUCUUCCUUGUAUGAACAAUGGAACAUGCACUGACCUAAUUAAUGACUUUCAAUGCCAAUGUUCAUGUGGGUUUACUGGUACUUUGUGCGAAAAUGACGUCGACGAGUGCACGAGUUCUCCAUGCAAGCACGGGUCAAUGUGUGAAAACCACGAUGGCGGUUUUAACUGCCGUUGUGUAAAUGGAACCGUCGGAGAUUUGUGCGAAGAAAAUAUAAACGAAUGUGAAAGUUAUGGUUGCCAAAAUGGCGGAACAUGCAUGGAUGGUAUUGGGAUGUUUGAAUGCGCAUGCGCCGAUGAAUUUACUGGGUAAAUUAUGUGAAAAAGCUAAUCCGGCAGAGACUCCCUGGUACGCAAUUGGGAUAGCAGCUGUAGUUGUUUUU